AUGAUUUCUAGAAGUAAUUUAAAAGAAUCUAGUAAAAUUCUUAAAAUGCUAUCUGUAGAAUCAAAACACGGUGCUUUUUUUUCUGCUGGAAAAGUAAAAUGGACUAAAGAUGGUUCAGUAAUAUUUUGCCCUAAUUCAGGUGCCAUUAAUGUCAUAGAUAUAGAAUCUGGAAAAAAAAAAUUAGUUAUCGGGGAUGAAGGAGAAGAUUCUGACUUAAUUUAUUCUUUCGCAAUCACUAACGAUGGGUCAAAAAUUGUUUCCUCAUGUAAAAGUGGUUUAUUUAAAUAUUGGCAAGUUAAAGAUGGAACUUUAUUAAAGCAGUGGAAGCAUAUUCACAGAGGACCUGUUGCCGAUUUAGAUAUUAAAGACGAAGAAAAACUAGCCAGUGGUGGUUCAGAUUCUAUUAUAAGAAUAUGGGAUUUGAUUCACCAUUCCUGUACACAUGCAUUAAAAGGUGCAACAGGAGUUAUAAGUUUAGUUAAAUUUCAUGAACUAGAAGGAAAAUCUGUAGUUUUUGGUUGUGGUGAUGAUUCUAAAAUUAGUUGUUGGUGCUUAGGAAAAAAUGAAUUGAUUUUUCAAUUGUCUGGACAUUACAAUAAAGUAACUUCAAUAUCAUUUUGUAAUGAUGGCAAGCAUAUGGCUAGUUCUGCCAGAGAUAAUGUUAUAAUUCUUUGGGAUUUGACCACGAAAACAAAUGUAAAAACUUUUCCUGUUUUCGAAAGCAUAGAAGAUGUUGUUUGCUUGCCAUCGAAAAUAGAAUUACCCUCUAUAGGUGUUGUAAAUGGAGGUAUAUAUGUGGCAACAGGUGGAGAGAAAGGUGUAAUUAGAAUAAUUGACAUGAAGGCUGGGAAAGAAUUAUACUCUCAAACAAAUUCAUUAGUUUCUAAAGCAACUGAAAAAGGGGGAUUGGCUAUCACUCAAUUAAUAUAUAAUUCAUUCAAAAAUUCUUUUGCUGUAAUCACAGCAGAUCAUAACAUAAUUUUCCACAAGGCUGAUAAUUUCGAAUGUAUUAAACAAAUGGUAGGAUUUACAGAUGAAAUUUUAGAUGUUGUAUUUAUUGGUCCCAAUGAUUCUCAUGUAGCGGUAGCAACAAACAGUUGCGACAUUAAAUUAUACAAUGUUAAAAGUAUGGGAUGUCUACUUUUAAAGGGACACACAGAUUUAGUUCUCACAUUAUCAGUAUCUUUUGUUAAUAAUUGUUGGAUGAUAUCUGGUGGAAAGGAUAAUUCUGUUCGACUAUGGGAAUUAGAUACUGCUAGCCAGAAAAUGACUUGUCUUGCAUCUGCUUGCAGGCACACAGCUUCGAUUUCAGCUGUUUGUAUGAGUCAAAUGACAGCUGAUUUUUUUUUCUCUACGAGUCAGGAUACAACAUUAAAAUUAUGGACAAUUCAGCAGUCAAAAAGUAGUGGCAAAUUGCAGAUGCCAGAUUAUAAAUUAUCAGUAAAAGGAACAGAAAUGGCUCACAAGAAAGAUAUAAAUACUGUAACCGUUUCUCAAAAUGACAAAAUACUUGCAACAGGCAGCCAAGACAAGACUAUUAAACUUUGGCAAGCUGAAGACUUAGCUUUUAUUGGAACUUUAUCGGGGCAUCGUCGGGGAGUAUGGUGCGUUCGAUUUUCGCCUGUUGAUCAAAUUUUAUUAUCUUCAUCAGCAGAUACAACUAUCAAAAUAUGGUCUGUAACUGACUUAAACUGUCUUAAAACAUUCGAAGGCCAUGAUGCAUCAGUUUUAAGAGCUGAAUUUGUGACCAGAGGCAUGCAAAUUCUUUCAACAAGCGGAGAUGGUUUGGUCAAAUUGUGGAACAUUAAAAGUGGUGAAUGUGCAGGCACAUUUAACGAACAUGAAGGACAAAUUUGGUCUUUGGCUGUGAGUGCUGAUGAAAAGAAUUUUGUUACCGGAGGUUCAGAUUCAUUGUUAAUUAUUUGGGUAGAUUCGACUCAAGAAAAAAGAGAAGAAGCUUUAAAAGCUCAAGAAAAAAUAAUGGCCGACGAACAACUUUUAACAAAUUUAUUACAUAAUAAUAAAUUAUUUGCAGCUCUAGGCUUGGCACUGUCUUUGGAUAAGCCCUUUAAAGUUUUGACAAUCAUAAAAGACCUGAUAGUUAAAAGUGAUCAAAUUGAAUUGAAGACCACUUUAAAAAACUUGACUCAAGCAGACAAAGAAAAACUUUUAGAGUGUGCAUCUAUUUGGAAUUCAAAUUCGAAAAAUUGUGAUGCUGCACAAACGGUUUUUUCUAUUCUUUUAGAAGAAAUAGCUUGCAAUGAAUUAAUUUUACCCAAAUUACCUUCUGUUGUUGAAGAGGUUUUACCUUACACAGAAAGACAUUAUAAAAGAUUAACAGGAUUAUUGCAAGAUUUACAUUUUCUCGAUUACACAAUAGCUGCCAUGAAACCAGAAAUAAAAUAA